AUGGCACAACCUUGGACGCACCUUAUCCGCUUCAUUGCCGAGGAAGACGGACAAAUCCAUCUUGGAAACAUCGACGCGAAGAAAUACCCAGAUGUCGGCCUCUCCUCCCUCAAUGGCGAAAAGAUCCAAGCAAAUCUAGCAACUGGCUCGAUAUUUGACGCAAAAGUAACCUCCACCGUCCUCACCGUCAAACAUCUCCUCGGCCCAAUCGCCGCGCACGAAGUCCCACUCGUCCGCUGCAUCGGCCUAAAUUACCGCGAUCAUGCUAGAGAGGCGAACAUGCCGAUUCCUGCAGAGCCUGUCCUGUUCAUCAAGCCGAGAACAGCUAUCAAUGGACCGUUCCCCGCGAAGAUUAAUGUUCCCAAGAUUUCUCAGGAUGGAACGGCGGAUUAUGAGGCGGAGCUGACGGUGAUUAUGGGAAAGGACGGCAAAGAUAUUCCCGUAGAGGAGGCGCUAGAUUAUGUUCUCGGGUAUACGUGUGGGAAUGAUGUUAGUGCGCGGGCGCAACAGUUUAAGAAUAGCCAGUGGUGUUUUAGCAAGGGUCUCGAUGGCUCUGCUCCCCUAGGACCUGUCCUUGUUUCGCCAGCUGCGGUCGGUGAUGUUAAGAAUUUGAGCAUCCAAGCGAUCCACAACUCAAGUGUCGUCCAAGAUUCAAAUACCAGAGAAAUGAUCUUCGACAUUGCAACACUCGUGUCCUUCUUAUCGAGUGGAACGACUCUUGAGAAAGGAACUGUCAUAAUGACCGGUACUGGACCAGGAAUUGGAUGCAUGAGGGAUCCAAAGGUUGUGCUGAACCAUGGCGAUGAUAUGAGGGUUGCGAUUGAGAAUAUCGGGACGUUGAUCAACAAGGUUCAUUAUGAAUAA